AAAUUUGUGGAAGAAUGUUUGUCUCUCUCAGCUCUAACCACUGUCCCACCCGGACUCCCUCUGCCUCCCUUAGCUUCCCUGUCUCUCAAUCCCACACUGCCUCCCGGUCUCUCCCAGUCCAUACGGCCCUACUGGAAUUUCUGUGGCCCCGGUCACGUAUCGAAGGUGACUCUUCCCUGUUCCCAUCAGGCGCGGGUCGCGGCGGUUGCCCCGGAGACGCGGCGGCGGCCCGCCCGGCAGAAAGGGAGGGCGCGUGUCCCCUUUAAGGCGAGACGGGCUGCGCGGUCGUGUCUCGCGGUAAUUGCUCGAGCCUGCCUCGCGAGAGCUCGCGAGCGCCGCCGGAUUGGCCAAGAGGGGUUGAAUGUAAGAUGGCGCUCAGCGAGAUCUGAGGAGAAGAAAGAGAAGAAAAAAUUAACACAAGGAAGAGACCGGCGAGCGGGUCGCACGCAAGGCGAGAGAUCAUAAAAACCCGAGCUCGUCCCCUGGCGCAGCAAGAGGACGGGGUCAGUCCCGGGGGGUAAGCGGGGACAGCCGACAGCCGAGGGAGACGGAGCCGGCGAGGGCGGAGCGGAGCGGCCUGGCCGAGACACAGAGGGAUCCCCCAGUGGGAGUUGUGGGCUGCCAUGAAUAACUCUCUAGAGAACACCAUCUCGUUCGAGGAGUACGUGCGUCUGAAGGCGCGCAGUGUGCCGCAGCACCGCAUGAAGGAGUUCCUGGAGUCCCUGGCCAGCAAGGGCCCGGAGGCGCUGCAGGAGUUCCAGCAGAGCGCCACCACCAUGGUCUACCAGCAGGGGGCGAACUGCAUCUACACCGACAGCACGGAGGUGGCCGGCUCACUGCUGGAGCUGGCCUGCCCAGUGCAGGUCCAAGUGCAGCAGGCCCCCCCGCAGCAGGCGCAGCAGCAGGUGGCUCCCGCGCAGCUCUCCCCACAGCUCGCGGCCGCCGUGCACCAGGCCUCCGAGCAGCAGAUUCAAGUGCAGGUGCAGAUCCAGGGGCAGCAGCAGGCGCAGGGAGGGGCGCAGGUCCUGCAGACGGCCAGCCCCACGCAGCAGCAGCAGCAACAACAACAGCAACAGCAGCAGCAGCUGUCGAGCUCGCAGCUCCAGGCCGUGGCUGCGGCCGCCCAGCUGGCAGUGCAGCACGGGGAGAUCUCCGAGGAGCAGCUCCAGCAGCACCAGAUCCAGGCUCAGCUGGUGGCGGCGGUGGCGGCCGGCGGGCAGCAGAUCCAGAUCCAGACCGUGGGGGCGCUGUCGCCCCAGCAGCAGGGACAGCAGGGCUCUCCGCGGGACGGCGAGCGGAGGGGCAGCACGGGGGGCGUCCUGCAGCCGGCCAAGAAGCGCAAGGUGGACAUGCCCAUCACGGUGUCCUAUGCCAUCCCUGGGCAGCCCGUGGCCACCGUGCUGGCCAUCCCCCAGGGGCAGCAGCAGAGCUACCUGUCUCUGCGGCCGGACCUGCUGACGGUGGACAGCGCGCACCUGUACAGCGCCACGGGCACGAUCACCAGCCCCACGGGCGAGACCUGGACCAUCCCCGUGUACUCCGCCCAGGCGCGCGGAGACCUGCAGCAGCAGAACAUCACCCACAUCGCCAUCCCGCAGGAGGCCUACGGCGCCGUGCACGUCACGGGCUCGCCCACCACGCUCAAGCUGGAGGAGGACAAGGACAAGAUGGUGGUGGCGGGCAAGGGCGUGGCCGUCGCCUCCUCGUCCGCCUCCUCGUCCUCCGCCUCCAUCGUGGCCUCCGCCGCCGCCGCGACCCCCGUGUCGGCAGCCACCCACGAGGAGGUGGUCCAGACGCUGGCCAACACGCUCUUCCCGGCGCAGUUCAUGAACGGCAACAUCCACAUUCCCGUGGCCGUGCAGGCCGUGGCCGGGGCCUACCCCAACGCCACGCAGUCCGUCCACAUCUGGGACCCCCAGCAGCCACAGGCCCAGCCGCAGCCCCAGGCCGGCCCUCCCCCGGGCUCCACCGCGCAGGAGCAGCAGCUGCAGGCGCAGACGGUGCAGGUGACGGAGGUCGACACUCAGCCUCAGGCGCCCCCCGACCUGCUGCUGCCCAACUCCCUGAAGCCCGAGGAGGGGCUGGAGGUGUGGCGGACCUGGGCCCAGGCGAAGAUGCUGCUUGCCUCCGGAGCCGAGCGCACGCGCUGCGAGGCGCCUGUGCUGGGUUCUGCGGUGGCGGUAGUGGAGCCCUCUCGCUCAGCCUGCCUGCCCUGUCCCCCCCCCCCCGUGCUGCAGUACCUGUUCGAGAACGGCCGCGUGGAUGACAUCUUCUCGGACCCCUACUACACCCGCUUCUCCCAGUGGCUCCACGAGGUGCUGAAGGACUGGCAGCCCCGAGUGCACCCCCUCGGUAAGGCUGCGCCCCGACUCUGGGCUCGCCCUCAACGCCCGCCCUCGUGCUUCUGCCGGGUUUCAGUCGGGUGGACCGCCCGGGGCAGUGCUGGAAACAAGAUCAUUCAUAACAUUGAAGAUGCUGCUGCUGUCCCCCUGACCCCUGUCCUCUCUCUCCGUCCCUUUCCAGUGACGGACGACAUGUACGCGGAGCAGGCCGAGAACCCCGAGAACCCCCUGCGGUGCCCCAUCAAGCUCUACGACUUCUACCUCUUCAAAUGCCCGCAGAGCGUGAAGGGCCGCAACGACACCUUCUACCUGACGCCCGAGCCCGUGGUGGCGCCCAACAGCCCCAUCUGGUACUCGACCCAGCCGAUCUCGCGUGAGCAGCUGGAGCAAAUGCUCACGCGCAUCCUCAUGGUCCGGGAGAUCCAGGAGGCGGUCGCCAUGGCGUCGGUGCACUAGGAGAGGGGAGGGGCCAAAGGAAGACUCCAGAGAGAGGAGGAUAAGGGGUGUUGGGGGCCCGGGGGGGAGGGGUGUUGUGAUUUGGACUGUACUCUUGCGCCCUCAGUACUUGCCUCUCUCUCUGUUCCCCAUCUGCUCUCCUGUGCCCUCUCUCUUUCUCCUGAAUCUCUCUCUCUCUCCCUUCUGCAGUCUCUCCUCUCUUCUCCCCCCCUCUCUCUCUCCCUCCGUCUCUCCUCUCUCUGCCUUUCAGAAAGAGCUCUCCAGAGACAGAAGUCCCCCUUCCCCGGACUGCGCCAAAACAGCCUGGGCUGUCCUCACUCGCGCUGAGACAGACCCGCCACAGGACAGUUACAAAAACAGUUGCCUAUCUUAAAUGUUUUUUUUUUUAAAGUUGCGUUUUAUUUUUUAAUCAACCAAUAAAUGUAUUCGUUUCCUUUAGGCAAAGAGCCUUUUAUUAUUUAAAAGACUACUGCUUCAAAAAGGAAGGAAAAAAAAAACUGGCGUGAUAUAUGCAACAUGCAUUUUACCGAGCAAUUACGAUUCCUCUGCCUGGACAUGGACAGGUUCUUUUUUUUUUUUAUUUCUUCCAUUGUAAUUCCCUUUCCUUUGAUCGUUUUCUUAUUUAAUGGAACGAAAGCUGGUCUCUCUGACCUGGCUCCUAUCAUGAGGAGCAGCCUGGGAUCUCAUCCUUUCCUUCCAUGACCUGCAGUGCUGGGAUGGCGCCAGUCUGUUGGAGGCUUGUGGGAACUUGACUAUUGCCCGAAUACGCUCCGCGCCUCGGAGCGGGAGAGUCCGGAGGGGAGGCGGACAGGACGACGUGCAGCAAGGAAAGAAAUCGAAACCCGGAAUGGACUCUCUUGGCCGGGAGAGAGCUGGGUGGCUGCGAGGAGAUAAAACGGAAUGCGAGUGGGAGGCCGGCCGGAGGAGCCGACCGAAGGGACGACGCCUUUCAAAGGAUUUUCUUUAAAAUCUCUGGAGGAUCCCUCGCGAUCGGCGGCGAAAUGGCCUUUUCCGGCCACGGACAGUACAGCCGGCUGGUUUUCUUCUUGUGUGUCCUGGGGGAUUGGGAGACUCGCUCACUCUUCCCCAGCCCUGCCAGGUAGUCAUGAGCACCACCCCAGCGCCCCCUGCAGGCGCCGUCUGGACAGUCCGUUACAGGUCUCCGGGCUUCAGAACUGCAUUGUAUCAUAAACACUCUUGUAUUAUAUAUGAUAAAAAGGAGACCACUUUUUUUUGGUUGUUUUUUUUUUAAAUUCCUUGUCUCUCUCAUAUAUAUUCGUAUUCUAGUCGUUUAUCAAGGAUGGCAAAGCACGUGUUUUCAAACAUGCCUUUUGUACAGCGA